AUGAGUUCACAAUUUAUCGAAGAAAAUCGCAAUCGCCAGAGAAAUGUGAUGAAGAGGACGAAGAAGAAAUGGGUCGGUUCGGCGGUUUCGGCUUUCUUCGGGAGCAAGAAACAGGAAUCGUCCUCAAACGGGCUAUCAGAGAGAUCCAGAAGCAAAGGGAUUUCAGUGAAAGUCUCAAAGACGAAAACUUUUCUGUCGAAACUGUUCAGAAAGGGGAAGAUGAGGAGGUUCUCCGAAAAGGGUCGGUCUGAAUUAGGGCAAGGACAGAGUUUUAUCAAUAGAGGGGGUGCGGGAGAAUCUGAGCCGUCGGAUGACGAUGAUGAUGAUGAGCUGUGCAAGAGGAGGAUUCUGAUGGGAGGCAAAUGCAAACCUCUUCAACUCUCUGGUCUUCUUAAUCCAAGUGAUAAUGGUUUUUUGUUCCAUGAGAAGUGA